AUGUCCGACCCUCCCAAAUCGAAGCGCGUUCACUUCAGCUCUGACGACGGAGAUGGCGCGGGGUCUUCCGCGCGCCACCAGCCAGCGCAGGAGCCGCGCAGAGUGGGAUGCGGGAAGGGGAUAAACUGGCGGGACGGGGACUCGGACGACGAGCGGGAGCGGGAGGCGCAGGCGAUGCGCGAGGGGAAGAAGCGGCGGCACGGAGAAGCGCAGGGAGCGGGCGGAGAGAAGGAGGAGGAUGAGGAGGAGGGGAAGGAGCCAUUGGGCGAGUAUGAGAGCUACGCGCAAGACUGCAUCACCAUUCUGCUGGUGCGGGGAGUGGAGGAUGUGGAGAGGGAGGAGCGUGGCGAGGGCAGUGUGAAGUGCUGCCCUGAGUACGUGCACCAGAUGUUCGGGGACGAUGGCAUCGUGUACGGUUACAAGGACCUGCAGGUGGACAUAUGGAUGCAUGCAUGCACCUUCCUCACCUUCAUCGACAUCUCCUACUCGCAUGAAUUGCCCAAGACGAAGAAGAAGGCGAAGAAGCAGGCAAGCGAUCACAGGGAGCCUCAUGACAUCCAUGCCAUUUUCAAGUCGCUCUUCCCCCAGGGCUUCAUGACGUCAAGGGAGGAGUUCGUUACAGCCCUUCCUCUCCAACCCCAGCUCUUUCAGGACAUGGUGUCAAAGCACGCAACAGUGGAGCAGCCAUGGCAGCAGGUGAAGCAGAAAGGCAGCGGGGGAGAGAGCACAGAAGAUGGAAAGGAGGGAAGUAAAGGAGCGGCAAAAGCAGCAGAUAAUGGUGACAAAGGUGGUGGCGCUGCUGAUGAUACAAAAGCGGCUGCUGAGUGUGAGGUGGUAACCAUGGACCUAUCACAGCAGUGUGUGCGGGACUGGCAUGCGCGCAUGCAGCCUCUCGUCAAGUUCUUCAUUGACAACGGGCAGCCUAUCGACAGCACGGACCCUCUCUGGACGCUCUCAGUCGUUCUGCAACAACCCACUGCCCCUUUCUCUUCCCCUCCUCUCUCUGCCACUGCUGCUGCUGCAUCUUCUCCCUCUGAUGCAAAGGCGGGUGCAGCAGCAUCAGUGAAGGGAGAGAGCGAGGUUGUGGUGGUGGGGUUCUGCACUAUCUACUCCUUCUACCACCACCCCAACAGCUCGCGGCUUCGUCUCAGCCAGAUCCUAGUGCUGCCACCAUACCAGGCCAUGGGGCACGGGUCGCGGCUGUUGAACCAGGUGCACGCCAUGGCAUGCCGAGUGCAUGCAUAUGACAUCACUGUGGAGGACCCAUCUGACGAUCUGCAGCAGCUAAGGGAGGCCCUUGACUGUGUGCGCCUGCUCGCCCUGCCUUCUGCUGCUGCUGCCGUGCAGUCGGCUGUUUCGCGAGUCACUGGGUUUGUUAGUGCUCGCUUGCCCACCACUGCCGCUCCUCCUGCUGCUGGUGAUAGUGCUGGUGGUGCUGGCGGUGAUGGUGGUGGUGGGGGUGAGGGAGAGGAGGAGAAGGAGUGCAAGGAAGGAGAGCAGGGCUCGGAGGAGAAGAAGCAAGAGGGGGGCAGAAAAAGCGAUGCAGAGGCAGGAGGAACAAAGGGUGGGGACGGAGGAAACAGCGAGGAUGGUGAGGAGGGCGGGGAGGAGGACGAGGAGGAGAGCAGCGAGGAGAUAACAGCAAUGGAGUCCCUGCUGGUGCUGCCCCACAGCAUGGCAGAAGAUGCAAGGGAGAAGCUGCACCUGAACAGGAAGCAGGUGGAGCGGUGCUGGGAGGUUCUCCUCUUCCUGCACCUGCCCUCCAUGGGUAGCGCUGGCCGGCGCGCGUGGAAACGCCUGGUCCCAGUGACUGAUGCUGCACCAGAGGAGGGCAAGGAAGAGGGCAAGGGAAGGAUCAUCAGCGGAACAGGGGAAGGGAAAGGUGGUGAGAGUGAGCGUGAGAGAGUGAGUUCGGACCGGGUGGUUGUUGCUGGGGAUGGAAACUCCAGGAGUGUGGAGGUUUUCCCGAGUGUGGAGGAGGAUGAGGCGAUAAAGAAGGCUCUUUUGGAGCUUGUUGCGGAUAGGGAGGAACAGGUGGUGGCUGCAGCAGGUCUUGUGCAGAAACUUCAGAAGAGAGUGGGGGUAGCAGAAGGUGCAGCGAUAGUUUCAGCAGGAGCAGGUGCUGCUGUGUGA